AUGGCAUCAUCUACGUUACACCGUCGUCGAGCAGUCAACAGCUCCGGGUCUGCCCCCGCCGAUGCUACCGACUCCACUCGCGGCAUCAAACCAGCAUCGCAGCGUGCCGAUUCGGGAGCUUCUCAGUCCGGGGCCGUCGAUUUCAUGUCGCUGCCAACCGAGAUCCAUUUCGCCAUAUCGAAGCACCUGAUCUACCCUGACGCCUUGUCUCUGAAGCACACGAGCAGACACUUUUAUGGGCUCGUGAACACAGGUGUCAAUCUCAAGGUCGAGUGGCUCAUUGAGCGUCGAAGCCUGCAUCUUGAAUGCCCCAAUGACAAGCGCUGCGACUUGGGAAGCGAUCUACGCUUCUGUCGUGGGAGUGUUCCACUUCUUAUGAAACGCCGCCGGGAGCACAUGGAGUGCGACUCGAGACCUGGGUUGGGAUGCCUCGUUUUUGGGACAAAGACCUGUGUCCAUCGCCAACGAAAUCCGAGGUGGAGGCGAUGGCUGACGAUCAAGUUCACCAUUGAGCUGUGGUGGGUGCUCCUUGCACUCGUGCCUGUUGCAUUCGUCUGGGCCUGGUUGGCCGAGCUUAUCGGCCCUCAGGCGAGCUGA